AUGGUGAUGAAGUGGACUGCGUUGUGCCUUGUGGCAGUGGCCAUACUUGGCGGUAUCUGUGAUGCUCAGUUAGGUGGUUUCUACAGGGGACCUGAUAAAGUAUCUAAAGCCUACCCGAAGCCAGCACCGCAACCACCUGUAAGACAGGAGCCCAAGGUGCCUCACCAGCCCUCCCAGUCCAAGCAGACAUUUGAGACACCACUCACCUGGACUUACCCUGAAGAUCCCAGGCCUGAGCCUCAACCUGAGGUGCCAUUUGAACUGAGGUAUCCUGUCCCUGCUGUCACCGUGGCUGUUGAGUGCAGGGAGAAAGAUGCUCAUGUGGAAGUCAAGAAGGACAUGUUUGGGAUUGGCCAACUCAUCAAUGCUGCUGACCUUACUCUGGGAACCUGCGGUGCUGUCGGGGAGGACAAUGCUGCUCAAGUGUUGAUUUAUGAAGCUGAACUGCAAGACUGUGGCAGCACAUUAAUGAUGACUGAGGAAGCCCUCAUCUACUCCUUCAUGCUUAACUAUAAUCCCCAACCUGUGGGGAGUGUCCCUGUAGUGAGGACCAGCAGUGCUGCUGUAAUAGUGGAAUGCCACUAUCCCAGGAAGCACAAUGUGAGCAGCCUUCCCCUUGACCCCCUCUGGAUUCCAUUCUCUGCAACCAAGGUAGCAGAGGAGCUCUUGUACUUCACUCUGAAACUCAUGACUGAUGAUUGGCAGUAUGAGAGGCCAGUCAAUCAGUAUUUCCUGGGAGACAUGAUUAAUAUUGAAGCUGUCGUGAAGCAGUACUUCCACGUCCCCCUGCGUGUCUAUGUGGACAGCUGUGUGGCCACCCUAUCUCAUGAUAUCAACUCCAACCCCAGAUAUAAAUUCAUUGAAAACUAUGGAUGUUUGGUUGAUGCAAAGAUCACAGGUUCUGCCUCCAAGUUCAUGCCUCGCACUGCUGAGAACAAACUGCAAUUCCAGUUGGAGGCCUUUAGAUUCCAGGGUGCAAACAGUGGAAUGCUCUACAUUACCUGCCACUUGAAAGCAUCCUCUGCUGCCUACACCAUUGAUAGUGAACAUAGAGCUUGCUCCUUCAUAAAUGGAUGGAAGGAGGCAAGUGGAGCUGAUGGAGCUUGUGGCUCCUGUGACUCUGGUGCAUAUGGAUCAUCUGGCUCAGUGGCGGCUGAAAUUGGUGCCAGCAGCUCUACUGGUGUUUGGCCUGGAUUUGGAUCUGGCACUGGCACUGGCACUGGCAUCUCUCUGUCUAAUCCUGGAAGGAAGAGCCGUGAUGUGUCCCAGGUUCAAACCCUUGAAUGGGAAGGAGAUGUCACUCUGGGACCCAUCCCCAUUGGAGAAAGGGUGAUUGCAUAA